AAGUAGAAAGGAAGAAGAGGGACUCUGUGGGAUUGAGGCGACCGUCGAGUCUGACCCCAGUCAUAAAGCUCUCCACGUCACGUGACCAACCUCACCUUCGCUCCAGAAACGUCCUCAAUUUUAGCCGUGGCAAAUAGAGUGGAAAGACGUGACCCGCUCGUCCCCUCUAAAGGCCCCCAGCCUGGAUUCGGCCCUUCAGCGAACCCUAGUAUUCCAGGGUGCAACAUUCAAGGUCAAGGUCGGGCAGCGGCUGUCUAGGGUGCAUCGGGACUCCGGACUCCUCGGUUUCCUAACCGAGAAGGGGGAGCCCUGCAAAUUGGGGGCUCUUACUCUCGGGGAAGGGGUUCUUUCCGGUUCGCGAUCACCCCUUCCGUGUGGGGUGGGCGGCCCCUCCCCGGGGUUCUGCUGGGGCUGAGCGCUCUGGGGAAAUGGGUCCCCAAGUUGCCCUCCUGGUGGCGGCGCUAGCCGGCUGCCUGCUUCCUGCCCGGAGCUGUGUCACUUGUGAUCGAAGGGUUGUGGCCGCGCUGGACGCCUUGGAAAAGGAAUACCUGCCUACCCACCUCGCCCCCGAGCGUCACAGAGAAGUGAUGGAAAAGAUAAGACAAACCGUGAGGAAUUUCCGGGACCUGCCAGAUUUAGAGGAUACCUUUAUGGGGGUUAUCGAUGAGGCCACAAUGGAAACGUCAGUCUUGAGUUUUCUGAGGAGUGUGAGGCUUAUCAGAAACAGUGAUGUAGCAGAUGACACUUUCGUGAAGGAAUUCAACUGGAUGUUGACUCUGGAAAAGGCAGCCUUUCGUGGCUACGUCACUCGAUUCCAAAGAGAGGAUUUCUGUCCCAACAAAUGUGGUACAAUGUUGCAGCUUCUGAUCUGGUGCAGUAACUGUAAAAAGCAGCUUCACGUUUGUCGAAAAUCCAGAGAUUGUGGGGUGCGCCAAAUCAACGUCCAUGAAACGGAAGACCUGAUCCUGGACUGUGAGCUCGACUGGCAUAAAUUAUCCCAAGGCCUGACCUAUUACAGCUUUUACAGGGUUUGGGGGAGCAAUCCUGAGACCUUGGUGUCCGAGGGGAAACGGCCCACCCUGAUCAAGCGACUGGUGAGGCCAGAGGAUGCGGGUAACUACCGCUGCGAGUUGGGCACUGAGCGAUCCGGCCCAGCCACGGUCAUCCAUUUUGAAGUCACAGUGUUGCCCAAAAGAGUCAUCGAGGAGAUCCCGAAAUCAAACCCCGGGACCCAGUAUCAGCGGUUUCGAUCCCUCAAGCCGACAGAGUGUCUGAAUCCCAAGGACGCGCUGAGAGGCUUUCUGUUCGAGAUGCUGAUCUGGCGCUUUGCGUUUCUGAUCAUCGGCUUUGCCACCUCCGUACUUUGCUUUAGGUCUGGGACCCUGAUCGAUUCCGUCAAGUCCUGGGUCCGUACUGACAAGGCAGCAGCCCCAGAGGACCAGGGUCCACAAAGUCCGCUGUCACAGACCCAGCUAUCACAGAGCCAGGUGUCACAGACCCAGCUUCCCAAGGUACCGAACGAAGAAAAAGGCCACAGCACCAAGGCUUAAAUAAAGAUUUAUCUGAUUGCCUAAA